AUGUGGAAGCCACCUAUAAACUUCCUCUCCCUGCAUUACGCGUGGAUUAUCACUCUCAGCAUUCUGAGCCUAGUUAUCAUUUACCCCUAUGGCAACCUCAAGGCAAUCGAUGCUUAUUUUUUUGGCGCCAGCGCUUCAACAGAGUCAGGUCUGAACACGGUCGACGUCAAAGAGUUGAAGACCUACCAACAAGUUUACAUCUACCUCAUUCCGAUUCUGGGAAAUCUGGGCUUCAUCAACAUAAUCGUCGUCGUCUUUCGGGUUAAAUGGUUUGAAAAGCAUCUAAAAGCGAUAGCACCGCAUCUGUUGAAGCCGAAGAACAUUCCAGGUCAGGAUUCAGAAGCACAACUCGGACACAUGCUGGAUCUGAACUCCUCCGUUCGUGAGGCUCCAACCGAUGGAUCUACAAAUCGGGCGAUGGACAACGUGGCCGAGGCCAACAAUUCUGCUGGGGCUGAAAAAUUGUCGUCGGGAGUUUUUCAGGAGUCGGGACACUGUACAGCUGAUGAUGCCCUGGACCCAAAUCUAACUGCGGGAAAGCAAUCUAUUCGAUUCGCGGAGCCCAAUUUGUCUGCUGCUGGGAAUGCCAACGCUCUGUAUAUACCACCUCCUUGGAGAAGGGAUAAAGGUGCCUCUUUCUCCGAAAUCAAUGACGGAAUUGACUACGAAGAUGAAGGACAACCCGAGAGGAAUCUACGUCAUCGACUGUCUACCCGAAGCCUGCAUUCACGUACUCGCACUCUCGAGCGGGUGAUCACCUCUGUUUUCGUUCUGGGAAACUCUCCUAGCUAUGAGGAAAAGGGCCACACAGUGACACAGAACAACGAGAAGCAACUUUACCUACCAAAAAUCUCCUCCCACGCUAGGGUCGGCCGGAACUCUCAAUUUCACAAUUUCUCCGUCGAAGACCGGGAAAUGCUCGGUGGCAUUGAAUACCGGAGCUUGAGGCUUUUGCUAAAGAUUGUCAUCGGAUAUUUCUUCGGUCUGCAUAUGUUUGGUGCGAUCUCUCUGGUGGGAUGGAUUCUACAAGCCGAUCCGAAAUAUCGUGACUACCUUGCUGAAUGUGGCCAGGGCAGCGUUUGGUGGGGUUUCUACGCCUCUCAAACUAUGAUCGACAACCUCGGAUUUACCUUGACACCGGAUUCGAUGAUCUCCUUCCAGGAUGCGACAUUUCCAAUGCUCCUCAUGAGUUUCCUUGCAUUCGCUGGGAAUACCUGCUAUCCAUGCUUGCUCCGACUGAUCAUCUGGUUUAUGUACAAGGUUUGCCCAGAGGAAUCAUCGCUCAAAGAUCCACUUAGGUUUCUGCUCGAUCACCCUCGACGAUGCUACACCCUACUAUUUCCGAGCAAGCCAACAUGGACACUCUUCGGAAUCCUGUUCAUUAUGAACUCGGUUGAUGUCCUUCUUAUCAUCGUGCUGGACUUGAAUAAUCCGGCUGUGAAUAAUCUGGCACCUGGCCCGCGAGUCCUAGCUGCUAUUUUCCAAGCCGCCUCAGCGCGCCAUACGGGGACAUCGACUUUUAACUUAGCUGAUGUUAGCCCAGCCGUGCAGUUUAGCUUAGUCGUCAUGAUGUAUAUUGCCAUCUUUCCCAUCGCAAUUAGCAUCAGAGCCUCCAAUGUCUAUGAGGAAAAGACGCUGGGUAUUUAUGGAUCGGAGAAAAGCAUUGACGAAAGUGAUGGUCGGUCAUACAUCCUCAACCACAUUCAGAACCAAUUAAGCUUUGACUUGUGGUACAUAUUUCUCGGAUGCUUCUGUAUCUGCGUUGCUGAAGCCGGCAAGAUUGCGGAUACAUCUAUUCCAGCCUUCUCUGUGUUCUCCGUGUUGUUCGAAGUCGUUUCAGCAUACGGCAACGUGGGACUCAGUCUAGGCUACCCGACCGUCUCAACAUCUCUUUCUGGGGAGUUCACAAUUUUCAGCAAGCUCGUUAUUUGUGUGAUGAUGAUCAGAGGUCGUCAUCGUGGAUUGCCUUACAAGCUUGAUCGCGCUAUUGUUCUCCCAGGCGAGCGCUCAGAAGAUGAGAGGAAUAGGAAUGAAGUCCAAGCAUCGCUGAGCGAGAGCGAUGAUUUGUAA